AUAUUCGUAAAUCGCAAUUGACAAGUGCCGAACUGUCCGUGUGUACUGUGCGCGAGUCCGCAAAGUGUAUUUAUUAUUCUCAGACAAAACGAAAAUAAAUAAAAUAUUUAAUAAAUUAUAUUUUCGAAAUAGUGUCGUUACUCUUCAAAUAAAACCUCACACUUUACUCUUAUCCUCAUAAAAGUGUACGUCUGUGUUAUUAUUUUGAAAAAGUUACGUCUUACGAAUCCAGUUGGUUUCUGCGCUCGUACGACAAUUCACGGUAGUCCAGUAAUGUAAACUUCAGCUUCAGAAUGGCGGUGGGCGAGGCGCGCGUGCCUCUGCUGCACGGCGAGCGGCCCGCGCAUCAUGAGCCGUCGAUCCCCCGCGCGCCCGCAGACCACUCCCGCUUGGGGCGGGGCGUCAUGGUUGUGACGUCACUGGUGGCGGGCGCGGCCGCCGGCGCUCUCGCUAAGACCGCUAUAGCUCCUCUAGACAGGACGAAGAUCAACUUCCAGAUCUCUCAAACCCCCUACUCAUGGCGAGCAGCGGUCGCCUUCCUAGUGUCGAGCGCUCGCUCGGAGGGCGUGCACGCGCUGUGGCGCGGCAACAGCGCGACCAUGGCGCGCAUCGUGCCCUACGCCGCCAUACAGUUCACAGCGCACGAGCAAUGGAAGAGGGUUCUGGGAGUCGACACGCCUAGCACCGCCAAGGCCGCCCCCCUCCUGCACCUAGUAGCAGGCUCCCUGGCGGGGGUGACCUCACAGUCGCUCACGUACCCGCUGGACCUGGCCCGCGCGCGCAUGGCCGUCACCAACGCCGCUGAGUACGCCACACUGCGGGCUGUCUUCUGCAAGGUAGCUGCUGAUGAGGGGCUCCGGACAUUAUACAGAGGCUACCCGGCCACGGUGCUCGGCGUCAUCCCCUACGCCGGCGUCUCCUUCUUCACUUACGACACACUCAAACACAAAUACUUAGAGCACUUCGGCGCCCCUCAAGGUGCGGUGACGAACGUGUUGUUCGGGGGCGCGGCGGGCGCGCUGGCGCAGACCGCGUCCUACCCGCUCGACAUCGUGCGCCGCCGCAUGCAGACCGCGCGACGACGCACAGACGGGUCCUACCCGUAUGCUAGUAUACGGGGGACACUUGUGGCUGUGUACCGAUCGGAGGGCUGGCGCGGCUUCUUCAAGGGGCUCAGCAUGAACUGGGUAAAGGGUCCCAUUGCCGUCGGCAUCUCCUUCGCUACCUACGACGCCAUCAAAAGCACUCUCCGAGAUAUCGCCGUCCACUUUGACAGGUAGUACAUACAUACGUGGUAUGGGGGCUAAGGUGUACGUGAGAUGGGGGCUAGCGUAUAUAAGUGAAAUUGAAGUUCUGCGUGUAUUAAAUCCUGAUUGUUGCUGUGUGAGACUGUUGAACGUGAUGUGGGGGCAAAUGUAAGAUGGAGUCUAAGUCAAAAAUUAUGAAGAGAAGCGUAUAAGAGGAGUUAGUCGAAUUUGAAGCUAAGAGAGACUGUUAUAAGCGAAGUGGGGUCAUAUGUGAGAUGGGGUCUUAUCUAGGCCCGUAAACAAAAUGGGUUAGUGAAUUGGCCUUAAGGGCAACGUGCAGUAAUGUUUGUAUAAGAAAUCCUGUACCAACGUCUAACGAUGUGGGUGGAAAUUUAGAAGAAUGGGGGCAUAAUUGGACUGGGGUCAUUGCAAUAUAGUUGUUUGUACGUAGAUAGGUGUAAUUACAAUUUUUAUUGAUAUUAAUAUUUCAUGGUUGUUUCUGAGCGGAAAAUGCAGAUUUUCUUGUAAAUUAAUAUGUUGUUUUUUUGGUAUUUAAUACAAAUAAUACUAUGUUAACUAUACGCUAU